GAGAUCGAAAUUUCUGGCGGCUCCCACCGGAAUCCAUUUAUAACUUGCGCGAAACGAAAAGAUGGAAUAAAUAGUGAAGACAUUCAAAAGACACAGAAAGAAUCACAGCGAGAGAGAGAGAGACAGAGACAGAGAGAGAGUUUUAGAAAGAGAGAAAUGGUGCUGUGGGAGAUAACGUUGGGGACUGCGUAUUUCUUGGGGCUGAAGCGCACGUUCAGGCUCGCUCUGAGGAUUCAGCGCAAGGUCGUAAGCCCCAAGCACCCCAAGAUCCGCCACUUUCUUCACAGACGAACACGAGCUGUAUUUGAUGUAGCACUCAAGGUUCACCGGACCAUUCAAGAGAGGGAUAUAGAAGUUGGUCGGAAUCUUGGUAACUGGAUUCUGCGGUGGCUUGACCGAAUGAAACCAUCAGCUCAUAUUCGAGGUUCCCCUCCUGGAAAACCCCCCAAUAGUGGUAGCUCAGGGUUGAGCAUGACAAAGCAGAUAAGCAACUCCUCCAAUCUGAAACCUCCUGGGGAAACCCAAAUAUCCAAAAAUCAGAAUUCUUCUAGGCAUCUGUUUACUGCGUCAAGAAAUAUUUGGCCUAAGCCUUUUCCAACCAUUUCAAUGAUGAUGCGGCCACCAAAGCCUGCUGGGACUAUGACCCAGUAUAGGCACUUCUCUAGCCCUGAAAUGUUGAAAUCAGAUUCUACAAGAGGUUGGUUGGAGGUAGGUCUCCGGAAGGACAUAAUGCUGUGGAUGCUACAAAACUAACAGUGAAAGCCCUUUUGGUGUUUCUCAGGAGAAGGAAGACUUUCGAAAUUCAACAAUGGAAGAGGUGGUUUCUGAGUUGGUGAUUGAAAAGACACAAUGUUAUAUGGGAAACUGACGGCUAGAACAUUUUUAUGGUUCAUUGCCUCGUGAAGAUUUUAUAUAUAUUUUUUUUUUCCUUGGAUUUUGUAUAUUCCUUUGACCUUUUUUUUUUUUCUAAGAACUUGCAGUUAAUCGAGAUCGGAGAUGAGUUGUUAUUCAUAAUAAGAGAAGGCUUGUUAUUGUGACAU